GUUUCAGUAAUAAUGCAACCUUGGCUUCAGGUCAAGGAGUUUGGCAUCCAGCUUAUGCAACUUCAAGAAAAUCUUAAUAUAUUGACUGUUUCCACAGAAGUUUCUUAUUCUCAGAUCCUUGGGGACUCUGAUGAUGAAGAUACGACAGACAAAGAAGAGGAGCAACACUAUGAUCAAACAAUUGCAGCCACGACAGGCAGCAACAAAACUGGCGGCCUCCGUAGCUGGAAGGUGAUCAUCACCGCCGCUUGCUUCUUUCUCACGCUCUCUCUUAUCACCCGGUCUUCUCUCUCUCACAAAAAGAAGCGAAAGUCAACAAGCCGUGGAUAAACUUUUUGUACCUGAACUGCAUACAGUUGUUCUUGCAUAUGUCCAAUGUUUUCCUUCCUAAGACCUAUUUCGUUUUGUAGCAUCAAAUGCAUCGAUCUGCUUGGAAAUAUGUAUCAUGCAAUGCAAUGUUCUCUU